AUGUCGAAUUAUACCGGCCAGAAGAGACCUUCAACACUCGGCUCCUUCCGGGUCCGUAGCAGCUAUGCCGCGAUUUCCCGAUCAGCUCCCAGAUCCACCCUCAGGUCGGCCGCCAUACCUGCUGCUAGCUCAGCUUUCCGAUCAGCUUCUCGAUCGGCCCGUCAUGUGCGCUUUGCUGAUGAUCCUACAAGCCAAAGUGCUCCUUCCCUUUCAGCUCGUCGACCUCGGACCCCACCCGAGGAGUUGGACUCAGACGACCAACCCCUUCUGCACAGGUUUCGACGCUGGCACAUAGGGUCGGACCUGACCCCCGAGGAUUCAUCUGCCCCACAGGCUUCCAGGCCUUCUUCUACUUUUGUUCCUCGUCCACGUGCUUCUAGUGUUCCCGUGACCCCUGCUGACGCGCCAUCCACAACUACUGCCGAGACCAUUUCACAAGGUUCAAGGGGGAAAGCUCCAAUUAUAAAGGAGGGAAACCCCGCAGAGCCUUCCUCAAUUCCCAUAGUGUCCCCUAUAUCGGACGUACCUCUAAGGAUGUCUAACACUUCCUCUCGACCUUUGUCUACCUCAGCCUCUUCCCAACCUCAGGGUGCCGCCGCUGGCUUUUUCGCUCGUCCUUUACCUAACGAACACAACCGGGACCCUCUCACUCAUACCCUCCCAACCCUCCUGACCUUGUAG